AUGGGGAAUCUCCGUGUCCAUGGGAUCUCAUGCACGAGCUGGAGGCUAGCGGUGGAGACUAACAAUAUCGGCCAUUGGAUAACGGUCCCGCAAUCUUGUAAGGACUUCGUGGGCCACUACAUGUUGGGUCAUCUAUACCAUGGGGACUCCAACGUGGUUGCUGACACCCCAGCGACCUACGCUGUUAAUCUUAUGCUGGGAGGUGAUGGAAAGGAGAUAUGGGUAUUCGACGUUGAUGAAACCAUGCUCUCUAACGUACUGUACUAUGCUCAACAAGGAUUUGGGGCAGAGCCAUACGAUAAUUCCUUAUUCCAUGAUAAUGGUGAUGAUGGUGGGAUGGUCUAA